CGGAAGUGGGAUAUUUGAAAUCUGGCAGUUGAGGUCGAGCCUUUUUUCCUGCCGUAUUAGAUUAAAGGGAUAAAUAACAUCACAGAAGAUGGAAGAGGAGGAGCAUACAGACAGAAAGCAGCAGCUUGCUAUGCUUCAUCAAAAGCUUAAGAAUCUUAAGAAAUAUUUCAAUGAAGAUGACACAGACAAUAUUAACCAGGUUAUUGGCUCAAACUCACCUGAAUCAUGCCACUCGUAUUUGAUGGACCUGGAGAAGAAAGGGGAUCCUCAUCUGGACCAUAACCACUUGACAAGACUUGUUGAUUUUUAUACCAGGGUCUUCUCCAAUAUGCCACUGGGAAAACAUUGUCAGAAUCAGAGCUAUGCCCGAAUGCUGGUCAGAUUUGCAGAGCUUAAAGCAAUCCAGGAUGUGAACGAGGCAGAAGCGAACUUCAAUGUAGCGAGAUCUCACAGCCAGAACUUUGCAUUUGUUCACAUUGCACAUGCACAGUUUGAGCAUUCACAAGGCAACACAAAGAGAGGCAUUUACAUAUUGCAGAAUGCUAUUGAAUUGGGUGCCAAACCAAAGGAACUGCUGGAGGCUGCCCUGCAAAGCAUGCAGACAGGAAAAACACAGCUCUUCUGUUCAGAGGAUAAGGAAAACAUAUCACAUUUUCCAAACAGUCACUUGCAAAGUUCUGUCCAAAAAGGCUCAGAAUUGCAAAGAGUAAGCAGAAUAUCAGAUGGAACAGGCGAGCUCCAGCUUUCAAGUGUCUUUGGUCCAGGGACAGAACCUUCCAUUGGAUCAUCAGAUGACCAGCUACCAGGCUGGAGAUCUGGAUCCCAACGGAAGAGAGCAAUUGGCAUGCCUGUGAGAGUUCCUAUAGUGCCUUUCUCUAUCCCAGAAAAAGAUGAUGAUGAAGGCUACAUUUAUGAGAAGCCCUCAAAGAAAAAUGAAGCAGCAAUCAACAGCAGUAUGUCAAGGCAAACAUCAGAUUCAAACAUAAAUUCAGCUUUUGGGCUGUCAUCCUCAAAGAAAACUGCUAUUCACAGAGCUCCUCAGCCACAAGCUGUUCGCCCAGAACAUUACUCUUGGGAGGACCAGGCAGCUGUGGACUCCACCACCACUCUUCUUCACACACAUGACAAAAAGGACACCAUGAAAAUGGAAGACGUUACAUACAGCUUUGACCAGGUUGUAAAUUCAAAUUCCCCUGAGUCAUGUUGGUCAUAUCUGAUGAAUUUGGAGAAGAGAGGCAACCCUCACACAGACAUCAACCUCCUUAACAAACUCAAGGACUGUUACUCCAAAGUCUUCUCCAGGCUCCCAGUAAGGCAGUUCAGCAAAAACACCACUUAUGCCAGAAUACUGGUCAGAUAUGCAGAGCUAAAGGGGAUUGAAGAUCCAGAUGAAGCUCAAGACCACUUUAUAGUUGCCAGAUCAAACUGUAAAGGCUUUGCGUUUGUCCACAUAGCACAUGCCCAGUUUGAGGUGUCCCAAGGCAACGUGAUCAAAGCAACAUCAAUUCUUCACAAAGCUCAGGCAUUAAAUGCCAAGCCAGCAGAGCUUCUGGAGAUGGCCAUGAGAAACCUGAAGGCUGGGGUUAGGCAGCUUGUACCGGCUCAGGAAGAGGAACACUCCUCAGAUUUGCCAACUGCUGUACCUGUAAGUGUGUCUACAUGUGUGGAGAAACAGGAACCUCAGUUUCCUGCUCGGGUCCCUGUGAGUCAGUCUGUGGAAAAACCAAAACCUGUUAGUAAGGAGCCUGUCAUGGAGUGGAAGAUGCCAGCGCUAAUCAACCGUCAUGUUUCUCCAGAGGAUAAACGUACAACACCUUCUGAACCAAAGGCAGCUCCUAGUAUGCUCGAGUCAGUCCCUACUCCAUCCCUUCAUCUUCCAUCCAGACUAAACCCUCAAACAGUCUGUCAGACACCAAACAGCUACAGAGAUCCUCCUGCCAACAGCUUUCUUACUCCUGUGGUGAAGAGAGGCCCUGAAGUGUCGUCCUCUGCAGUGGCAGCACACAGAGCUGGACCUGUCCAGCAGCCGUGUACACCUCUAAACCAAUCAGUCUGUGUCCAAACACCCCAGGCUUCUUUAACUGCGUUGUCAAAUGAAUCCAUCACCAUUAAGGGCAAACAGUUCUUCAUACUGAAGAUGAUUGGACGAGGUGGCUCCAGCAAGGUCUACCAGGUCCUUGAUCACAAAAAACAGCUGUUUGCUGUGAAAUAUGUCGACCUCUUGGAAGCUGAUACUCAGACAAUAGAAAGUUACAAAAAUGAGAUUGAGCAUCUAAACCACUUGCAGCAGUACAGCGACCAAAUUAUUAAGCUCUAUGAUUAUGAAAUAACAGACAGCUACAUCUACAUGCUGAUGGAGUGUGGAAACCUGGACCUGAAUACUUGGUUGCGAAACCGUAAAGUUGUGAAUCCACUGGAGAGGAAAUUCUACUGGAAGAACAUGCUGGAAGCCGUCCAAACCAUUCACAAACAUGGAAUUGUUCAUAGCGACUUGAAGCCAGCAAACUUUGUCAUUGUCAACGCUUCACUCAAGUUGAUCGACUUUGGCAUCGCAAACAGAAUCCAACCAGAUGUAACGAGCAUAAUGAAGGAUUCACAGGUUGGGACCUUGAACUAUAUGCCCCCUGAAGCCAUUAAAGACACUUCAUCCCAGCAUGGAAAGGCACGCUCCAAGAUCAGUCCCAAGGGUGACGUGUGGUCCCUUGGAUGCAUCCUGUACUGUAUGACUUACAGGAAAACGCCAUUCCAAAGCAUCACCAAUCAGAUUGCAAAGCUACACGCCAUCAUUGAUCCUUCUCAUAAGAUCGAAUUUCCUGAUAUUGCAGAAAAGGAUUUGCUGGAUGUGUUGAAGAGGUGCUUAGUACGAAACCCCAGAGAGAGAAUCUCCAUCGCAGAGCUGCUGGAACAUCCGUACCUGCAGUUGAAGCCACAGGCAUCACCUGAACCAGAAGCUCCAUGCAACAGUGAUCUCAAGAAGAUCCUAACAGACCUUGCAGCCCUGCAGUCUCCAAACAGCAUCAUCAGAGCUGCUAAUAAUCUGGCCAAAAUGUGCAGCAGUGGCAGGAAGUUAGAUGUGGCUGAGUGUGCAAAGUCAAACUAACUCAGGAGAUUUUGUAGUGGUUAUUUUUGAUCUGUGCUUUUUUAUUUUUUGAGCCUCUCUUAAACACUUCUAUUCAGAGACUUUAUGUUUUCUUUUCUUGAGUUCUAACAAAUCUACAUUUUUAUGUUUGUUUCCCUCAAACAACAGUCUUCAUAUGGCCUCACUGUAACAUAUACCCCUGAUAAUAAAUGUAGGCUAGUCAAAUAAACAUUCUGUAUCUUUGGA